GGCAUAGAUAAGACAAUUUCACCGAAUUCAAAGGGAGCUAUCCAUGCCAUUAGCACAUGCUCCACACGUUGAUCACUUGUUUUUGUUUCUUUUUUACUUUCCUUUUGAAUCUAGAUAGCUAAAGAAAUGAAUAUAAACAAUGACACCUAUAUAUAAGGAAAGGAUCAUAGACUUACCUUUAGCAUAUAUUAAUAUUCCAAAUUAGAGCUUCUAAAAUUUGAGGAAAUAAUAAAAACAAAAGAUCAAGUACUAUGGCAAACAAAUACCAUGUUCGUUCAAUUAGUUUGCCUUCUCGAUCUCAUCCUAGCACCAUUAGAGUUGAUGAGGAGUUGAACAAGAUCAAAGUUUGGGAAGGAACAUCUACAUCUACAUCUACAUCCAUUCAUACUAGUCUUUCAUUGCUUGAAGAUUUAUACAUUUCAUUGGAAGAUCUUCUAAACACGUCAUCAAUACAACAUGUGAUUUCUCAUCAUAGAGGUAAAAAAUGUGUGGAAGAGGUGUUGGAUGGUUCAAUGAAAAUUUUGGACAUUUGUGGCAUCACUAGAGACACCAUGUUGGAAAUUAAGGAAAAUGUUAAAUCCCUUCAUUCUUCUCUAAGAAGAAGAAAAAAUGAUUCAAGUGUUGAAAGAAGUGUAGCUCAAUACAAAUUCUUCACCAAAAAGAUGAAGAAAAAUGCCAACAAAUUGAUCACAUCUUUGAAGCAUAUGGAUAGGCAAGUUGGGGUGUCCUCAAUUUUGGAACUUGAUCAUCAUUUUGUGUGUGUGAUUAGAGUGCUUAGAGAAGUCAUUGCGAUAAAUUUAUCUAUUUUACAAUUCAUUUUGUCAUUCUUGACUAUAUCAUCAUCAAAGUCAAAGUCAAAAAAAUGGUUGUUGGUGGCAAAAGUGAUGCACAAGGGAGUUAUAACAUGUGAAGAGAAUUCCCAAAAUGCCAAUGAGUUGCAAUGUGUGAAAGUUGCUUUAAGGAGCCUUUUAAGUGAUGUCACUGAUGGAGAAAAGUUGAAGGCAGCACAUGAAAGAUUGAAGGCUUUGGAGAAUGUCAUUGAAAGUGUUGAGAUUGGUUUGGAAAAUUUAUUUAGGCGCUUGAUUAAAACUAGAGUCUCACUUUUGAACAUAAUUUCUCAAUAGAGCAUUUUAGUGGCAUUUUAUUCUAAAAUCAUGCAAGUCUUCCAAGUUUUAGAAAGCCUCUUGUGUUGAUGAGUUGAGUGAAUAUUAUUAGCUCAAUUAUUUAUUAUUGAAUAAAAUUCAAUGAUACAAUGAACUGUAAAGAAAAUUCUAUUAUCUAAAUUUUGUAUCAUGUUUAAUU